AUGGUAAAAAGGAAGCUGAAGAGCUCUGAUGGAAAGACAACAGCCAAAAGAAAAGCCCAAGAAGUUGAAAUAGAUCCAGAACAGCUCAGGCGUUAGUUUUAUUGGUUUCAUUUUGAUUUUUUACGUUUUAUUUCAGAUUUGCGUUAUUCAUUUGGUGGCAAAUUUACUUGCGAAAGGCAUUUAUUCUUGAAAAAGGACGUUUCUAGAGAAGCGACUCUAAUUGUUUCAAAUAUUCCUUCCUAUUUGCCGGAGGUAUCUUACUUAAAUUAUCAUGAAGUUUUGAUUUCAUUUUCAGGGCUCAGUUACUGCUUUAAUCAGUCAAUUUGUACCUUACCCUAUCGCAGAAUCUGCAAUUCAACGGAGUUCGGCCGGCUCUUGGUCACAGGUAUAAUAUAUAUUCUAACUUUUAAUAAUAAUUUUGAUUCGUUACGAAGCUUUUUUUCCAGGGCCAGCUCACAAUGAAUAUUGCAUUUGAAAAAGCCAGAAGCUGUCCUUCACGCCUUGAGAAACUGCCAAGACGUCGGUCCCUAUGUUCUUUCUGAUUUCAUUGAUACUUCAGAAACUCCUUCAGUUUUGAAAGGUUUUUUUUUUUCCUUUCAAAUUGAUUCAAUUUGUUAUAAUUAUGUUUAGAUUCGAUAUCACUUUAUGAGCGCAUCUUCCCAAGCGCAGAACAGAUGGAACAAGCCACUGCAGAAUACAUGUCGCGUUAUGACGAAAUACAAGAAGAUGUGAGUUCUUUAUUGAAGUUACCUCUUUUUGCACAUUUUUUAUUUUAGUCGAAACGCGAGGCAAGAAAGAGGUUCACAGAACCCGACGAAGAAGGCUGGGUUACUGUUACCAAAGGAUCGAAAAAGGUAGGCGUUCAAAAAACGUUUGGAAAGCUCUUCAUGAAACUUGGGUACAGUUUUUUAUUUCAGAAAGUUUACCUUACUGUCUGAAAAAACAGCUUAACGUACAUAUGUUAAUUAGGUCUCAAUUUUUUUGAAAAAUUCUGUUUUUUUCAACAUCCGUUAAAAAAAGUAUCGACUGUUUUUUUCAGAAAUAAUAGCCUGCUCAAGAGCUAGUUGUUCGUAAUGUUAUUCUUGGAAUUUAUUGAGUUUUCAGAUUUUAAAAAAAUGAAAUUCUGAGAUAAAUAUAUUUGUAAUGAAUACAAAAAACAAUGUUUUUUUAUCAUUUGAUUCUCUAGAAUAAUCUUUCGUUUAAUCUAUUUUUUUCUUCAAACAGAGAUCUAGAGAUUGAACUCAAGGUCUAGUCUUUUUCUUCAUAUCAAUUUUUCAUUGGCAGAUUUGGAAGAAAAAAAUUCUCAGAUACGUAGAACGCAUUUUUACAAGAGCAAGGGGCAUGGAAAGAAAAUUUUUCAAGAAUUUUUUCGAGACUUCGAUGUUUCUCGCAUCUGAUGACCAUAAAAGCUUGAAAUAAAUGUAAAAUAACAAUUAUCAAAAAAAGGAUUCUCCUGCGCAAUAUACGUUAAUUUCAAUUUUCCAGGUGGCCAAAGCUGUUAAGCUGAAAAAGGACGACAUUCCAUUGUUAGGCGGCAUACCGAAAGGGAACAAAAAACCCAAAAAGGUGACUUUUUUUUUCGUUAAAAAAGGAAAUAAUUUAUUUUAAAGGUCGAUCUGGCUUUCUAUUCCUUCCAAGUGAAGCAGAACAAGUUGAAAAGUAAGUUUUUUUUUUUCCAGGUGUACAUUUAUUCAUUCGAAAAACGAUUUAGAAGCAAAUGAGCUUCUGAGGAAGUUCGAAGAAGACAAAAAACGAGUAGCACAACUGAAACAAGCGAGAAACUUCCGGCCGAUUUGA